AGAGCGCAGGCGCAGGCGCGCGGCCGCGGCGGCGGUUGGGGAGGGUUCUUCCGGAAGGUUCGGGAGGCUUCUGGAAAAAGCUCCGCGCGCUGGGCGGGCCCGCUGCUAUAUAAGGGAGGCUCGGGGGGCGGAGCGCCAGUUGCCCCAGCGUCCUGGUGCUGCUGCGGUGUGGAGCCCGUGCGGUCCGUUAGCCAAGAUGCCCGAGGAAACCCAGACCCAAGACCAACCGAUGGAGGAGGAGGAGGUUGAGACGUUUGCCUUUCAGGCAGAAAUUGCCCAGCUGAUGUCAUUGAUCAUCAACACUUUCUACUCAAACAAAGAGAUUUUUCUGAGGGAGCUCAUUUCGAACUCAUCGGAUGCUUUGGACAAAAUCAGAUACGAAAGCUUGACAGAUCCCAGUAAACUAGACUCUGGGAAAGAGCUGCACAUUAAUCUGAUACCAAACAAACAAGAUCGAACCCUCACUAUUGUGGAUACUGGGAUUGGAAUGACCAAGGCCGAUUUGAUCAAUAACCUUGGUACUAUCGCCAAGUCUGGGACCAAAGCGUUCAUGGAAGCUUUGCAGGCUGGUGCAGACAUAUCUAUGAUUGGCCAGUUCGGCGUUGGUUUUUAUUCUGCGUAUUUGGUUGCCGAGAAAGUAACUGUGAUCACCAAACAUAACGAUGAUGAGCAGUAUGCCUGGGAGUCUUCAGCAGGGGGAUCAUUUACAGUUAGAACAGACACAGGUGAACCUAUGGGUCGUGGAACAAAGGUUAUUCUCCAUCUGAAAGAAGACCAAACUGAGUACUUGGAGGAAAGAAGAAUAAAGGAGAUCGUGAAGAAACAUUCUCAGUUUAUUGGCUAUCCCAUUACCCUGUUUGUGGAGAAGGAACGUGAUAAAGAAGUCAGCGAUGAUGAGGCUGAAGAAAAGGAAGACAAGGAGGAGGAGAAAGAAAAAGAAGAAAAGGAAUCUGAUGACAAGCCAGAAAUAGAAGAUGUUGGUUCUGAUGAAGAGGAAGAAGAAAAGAAGGAUGGUGACAAGAAGAAGAAGAAGAAGAUAAAGGAAAAGUACAUUGAUCAAGAAGAGCUCAACAAAACAAAGCCUAUUUGGACCAGAAAUCCUGAUGAUAUUACUAACGAAGAGUAUGGAGAAUUCUAUAAGAGCUUGACCAAUGACUGGGAAGAUCAUUUGGCAGUGAAGCACUUUUCAGUUGAAGGACAGUUGGAAUUCAGAGCUCUUCUUUUUGUCCCAAGACGUGCUCCUUUCGACCUAUUUGAAAACAGAAAGAAAAAGAACAACAUUAAGUUGUAUGUGCGCAGAGUUUUCAUCAUGGAUAACUGUGAGGAGCUAAUCCCUGAAUACUUGAAUUUCAUUAGAGGAGUGGUGGACUCUGAGGAUCUCCCUCUAAAUAUUUCCCGUGAGAUGUUGCAGCAAAGCAAAAUUUUGAAAGUUAUCAGAAAGAAUUUGGUCAAAAAGUGCUUAGAGCUGUUCACCGAAUUGGCAGAAGACAAAGAGAACUACAAAAAGUUUUAUGAGCAGUUCUCUAAAAACAUAAAGCUUGGAAUACAUGAAGACUCUCAAAAUCGGAAGAAGCUUUCAGAGCUGUUACGAUACUACACAUCUGCUUCUGGUGAUGAGAUGGUUUCUCUCAAGGACUAUUGCACCAGAAUGAAGGAAAACCAGAAACAUAUCUACUAUAUCACAGGUGAGACCAAGGACCAGGUAGCUAACUCGGCCUUCGUGGAACGACUUCGGAAGCAUGGCUUAGAAGUGAUCUAUAUGAUUGAGCCAAUCGAUGAGUACUGUGUCCAGCAGCUGAAGGAAUUUGAGGGGAAAACUUUAGUGUCAGUCACCAAAGAAGGCUUAGAACUUCCAGAAGAUGAAGAAGAGAAAAAGAAACAGGAAGAGAAGAAAACAAAGUUUGAAAACCUUUGCAAAAUCAUGAAAGACAUUUUGGAGAAAAAAGUUGAAAAGGUGGUUGUGUCAAACCGAUUGGUGACCUCCCCGUGCUGCAUUGUCACAAGCACAUAUGGCUGGACGGCAAACAUGGAAAGAAUUAUGAAAGCUCAAGCCCUAAGAGACAACUCGACGAUGGGUUACAUGGCAGCGAAGAAACACCUGGAGAUAAACCCUGACCAUUCCAUUAUCGAGACCUUAAGGCAAAAGGCAGAGGCUGACAAGAACGACAAGUCUGUGAAGGAUCUGGUCAUCUUGCUUUACGAAACCGCACUCCUGUCUUCUGGCUUCAGUCUGGAAGAUCCCCAGACACAUGCUAACAGGAUCUACAGGAUGAUCAAACUUGGUCUGGGUAUUGAUGAAGAUGACCCUACUGCUGACGACACCAAUGCUGCUGUAACUGAAGAAAUGCCACCUCUUGAAGGAGAUGAUGACACGUCACGCAUGGAAGAAGUAGACUAAGCUCUCCCUGAAGAAUGACUUGUAUACGUGUUCAAUACUUCAUUCCCCCUGAUAAUAUAUUUCCAAGAAUUUUCUUUAUUUUUAACAUUUAAAAAAAUCUGUAUGGCAUGACAGUAGCUACUUUAAGGGGAAGAUAAGAUUUCUUUCUACUUCUGAGUGUAAUACUGUGAUACUUUAGGCACUAAAGCAGAACUAGUAAUGCUUUUCUGGUUUCACAUUGGUUUAUUUUAACAGAUUGAGGUAAAAUGUUGUAAGGUGUAUCUAAUCUCUGUUAACUUUGUGGCCUAGAGUGUUUAAGCUAUCAAGCCAGAUUCCUUAGUAGACCAAAUCUUUUGUCACCAAGUAUUCCAAGAUAUAUCUUGAUGUUUAGAAGAAAAGUAUUUGUUAAAAUGACUUGAGUUCAUCUUCUAGACUCUACUUUUUAAACUUUUCAUCUCCUUGUAGUUUCUGCAUGUACUACUUAGUCCUCUAGAAAUAAGUAUGUUUAAAGUGAAACAACUUGAUGAAACUCUACACGGGGCUUGUUUUCCAAAGAAAAAGUAUUGUUUAAAGGAGCAAAAUUAUAAGCCCUACCCAUACGUGUUGUAAAGCUGUUUUGAAAAGUAAGGCUUGUGAAUGGAAAUGUAGUGCCUGAGUCACAAAUACAGAUAAGUUAAAAAGUUG